AUGCUUUUGUAUGAUGGGAGUGAAAUUCUGGUGGAAGUUGCUAGUGCUAGAAUUACUGGUGUGGUUUUUCUACCUUUGCUUGGCUCUCUUCUUGAUGCUAUUAUAAGUAUUGAAUCUGAUUGGGAUGUUCUUAUUGACAUUAAAAAUGGCAUCAAAGAUCCCAAUAAUCGGCUUUCAUCAUGGAAAGGAAGUAAUUAUUGUCAAUGGCACGGAAUCGACUGUGAAAAUGACACUAGAGCUAUUGUUUCAAUUGAUCUCCGUAAUCCAUAUUCUCGUUGGAAUGCAUAUAACAAUUGGAGCUUGAUGAGCUUGUCUGGGGAGAUUAGACCUUCAUUGAUAAAACUUAGGUCCUUACAAUAUCUAGACUUGAGUUUCAACUCAUUUGAUGACAUCCCGAUUCCUCAAUUCUUUGGGUCUUUGAAGAAUUUACAAUAUCUAAACCUAUCGUAUGCCGGAUUUAGUGGUGCAAUUCCUUCAAAUUUGGGAAAUCUUUCUAACUUGCAGUAUCUUGAUCUUUCUUCCCGACUUCCUUAUUUAUUUGCCAACAAUCUUGAAUGGAUGGUUGGCCUUGUGUCUUUAAAGUAUCUUCAUAUGAAUGGUGUUGACAUGUCAAUGGUAGGAUCUGAUUGGGUGGAGGUAUUAAAUAAACUUCCUUAUCUAACUGAAUUGCAUCUAUCAGGCUGUAAUCUUUUUGGCUCAAUUUCAUCUCCGAGCUUUAUUAAUUUUACUUCACUUGCUGUUAUUAGCAUUAGUUACAACAAUUUUGAUUCUAAGUUCCCUCAAUGGCUUCUAAACAUUAGUAGCCUUGUAUUCAUUGAUGUAAGUUUCAAUUACAUAUACGGAAUGAUUCCACUUGGUCUCAUGGAGCUACCCAUUUUGCAAUACUUGGAUUUAUCUUGGAAUAGAAAUCUAAGAGGCAGCCUCUCUCAACUAUUUAGCAAGAGUUGGAGAAAGAUAGAAGUUCUCAAUUUGCGUAGAAGUAACUUAUAUGGUGCCAUUCCAAGCUCCAUCAGAGACUUUUGCAACUUAAAAUACUUGAAUAUGAAGGAGACUGGCUUGUCAGGAAAGCUACCCGAAUUUCCCAAUAAAACUAGGGGCUGUGAUUCUGAAAGUCCUUUGCCUAACUUGACAUAUUUGGACUUGUCUUAUAAUAAAUUAAGUGGGAAAUUGCCUGAAUGGAUAGGUCAACUUCAAAAUCUCGUGGAUCUCCACUUGUCCCAUAACUUCCUUCAAGGUUGGUUUCCAAACUAUAUUGGUAGACUUUGCCACUUACAGUUUCUUUCCAUGGAUAGUAAUAACUUGAAAGGAAGUCUACCCAAAUCCCUCGAAGGGAUCCAAAACUGCGGUCCUAAGACUUUGCCUAAUUUGACUACAUUAUGCUUGUCCAACAAUCAAUUCGAUGGAGAAUUGCCAGAGUGGUUGAGCCGACUUGAAAAUCUUGUGGAACUUUCUAUGUCUCACAACAAGCUCCAAGGUCCCAUCCCUGCUUCUUUGGGGACACUCCAACAUUUGACAAGUAUAUCUCUUGCCCGUAAUGAACUUAAUGGGAGUCUCCCAGAUAGCUUUGGACAACUUUCUGAAUUGUCCUACUUCGAUGUGUCUUGCAAUCGAUUGGCCGGAAGUCUCUCUGAAGAACAUUUUUCGAAGCUUAUUCGUCUGAAUGAAUUGCACUUGGGCUCCAACUCUUUCAUUUUGAAUGUCAGUUCCAAUUGGAUCCCUCCUUUCCAGCUCUUUGAGCUUGGAAUGAAUUCAUGUAACUUAGGUCCUUCAUUCCCGACUUGGCUUCAGUCUCAAAAGAAGGUUUGGGAUCUUGAUCUCUCAAAUGCUAGCAUUUCAAGUUGCAUACCAAACUGGUUUUGGGACAUUUCUUCUAAUAUAGUGAGAUUGAAUCUUUCUCACAACCAGUUACAAGGUCAGUUACCAAAUCCAUUAAAUGUUGGGCCUACUGCAUAUAUUGAUUUGAGUUCCAAUCUCUUUGAAGGACCCAUUCCUCUUUCAAACCAAUACAUACAGCUACUGGAUCUAUCAAACAACUUCUUUUCUGGUCCUAUCCCAUUGAGCAUAGGUGAAUUCAUGCCAUACUUGUCUUUCCUUUCUCUUUCGGGUAAUCAAAUAAUUGGACCCGUCCCACCCUCCAUAGGACAUAUGAGGAUUGCUGCGGUCAUUGAUCUUUCAAGGAAUAGUUUGGCAGGAAGCAUUCCAUGGACUUUGAGUAAUUGCUCUCACCUAAUUGUUCUAGACCUUGGGAACAACAAUUUAUCUGGGACCAUUCCUCAAUCGUUUGGUUCAUUAAGAUUGCUCCAGUCGCUUCACCUCAGAAAUAACAAGCUUUCAGGAGAGCUCCCCUUUUCUUUCUGCAAUUUAUCAAAUUUGGAAACCCUUGAUCUCAGCUACAACAGAUUGUCAGGCAACAUUCCAGCAUGGGUUGGAGCUGCAUUCAUGAAUCUUAGAAUUCUUAAUCUUAGGUUCAAUGCAUUUACUGGAGGACUUCCCUUUGAGCUUUCAAACUUAAGCUCACUACAUGUUCUGGACCUUGCGGGAAACCAUUUGUCAGGAACCAUCCCACCUACUUUUGGUGAUCUUAAAGCCAUGGAUCAAGAGGAAACCAUAAAUAAGUAUUUGUUAUAUGGGAGGUUAGCAGGGCACUACUACGAAGAAAGGUUGGUUGUGAGUACAAAAGGCCAAAUUCUAGAGUAUACCAAGACUCUUUCUCUGAUUGUUAGCAUGGAUCUAUCCAACAAUAAGUUGAGUGGAGAGUUUCCCAAGAAACUAACAAACCUGCGGGGUUUGGUGAUUCUGAACUUGUCAAGCAACUGCAUCAAUGGCUCAAUUCCAGAAAAUAUUUCGGGGAUGCGUCAAUUAGCAUCUCUUGAUCUGUCAAGUAAUAAGCUUUCAGGUGUUAUUCCUCGGAGCAUGUCUUCACUAUCAUAUCUGGGUUAUUUAAACCUAUCUAACAAUAAUUUCUCAGGUGUAAUCCCUUUUAUAGGGCAAAUAACAACCUUCGAUGCCUGUGCUUUUUAUGGAAACCCAGGUCUUUGUGGAGCUCCACUUGUUACAAAAUGUGAAGGAGAGAAUCAGGAUCAAGGCCAAAGUACUAUUGAUCAAGAAGAAGAAAAUGACAAUGGCUUCAUUGAUGAGUGGUUUUACUUGAGUGUUGGGUUGGGAUUUGCAGUGGGUAUUUUAUUUCCCUUUUUUAUUUUGGCCUUCAAGAGAUCUUGGUGUGAAGCUUACUUUAGUUUUGUGGAUAAAAUUGUGAACAAACUAGGGUUAGCAAGAAGAGGAGCAACCAAUGGUCGAAACCAAAGAGGGUGACAAUAAAAUGUAUUUGUAAUGGUAUGUUUUAUU